GCGUCUAUCUCCCUCCGUCCCUCUCUCCCGUGCUCCAUGGCUCUCUCUCUCUCUCCCUCUCUUUCCAUAAGUUCAGUGAUGGGUUGUUCCUUUUGGUGAUGUCACUCACUUUACCUCUGCAUGCAUGCGCACACAUUCCAUCGGCGGCUCGGGUCGCACUUUUGUCUCGCGCAAUGUGUGCGUCUCCUCGAGAUGAACAUCGAAGAAGACGCACUCAAUGCAUGUCCGCGGAAACAUGACCAACUCGGACGCCUGGUGUUUCAACUCCGUCCGCUCGAACUGUGUUGGAUAUGUUUGGAACUCCGAGAGCGCACCGUUCGUACUAAGGACCUUUUUGGAUGAGUGGCGAUGAGGCACGAGUCUGCAUGGACACCUCUGAUGACAUAUUGUGUACGCGUGCUCUGUUUAUAGCCUACACAUAUUAUUUUAUCGGACCGGAGGUAGCAUUUUACGCGAUACAUUCUACCGAAAAGGCCAUCCCGUGCGUCAUUUAGCCGUCCCGGUUGCAAAGGAGGCUGCAACUAAAAGCAUCAUGACGGACGCGGACACGCGGACGGUGAAGUCAUAAUGGAUUUAACGCCUCUGAACCUGUCUGCGGACAACAGUACCGGGGAUGGGAACGGCACGGGCGCACCGAUGUCCCUGCCCCACACGGAGGUGGCCUCCGCGCUCAUCAUCCUGGUGGUCAUCUUCAUGGUGUCGGUCACCAUCGUGGGCAACGUGCUGGUUAUCGUCGCGGUGCUGACCAGCCGCGCGCUCCGUGCGCCCCAGAACCUGUUCCUGGUCUCCCUGGCGUCCGCCGACAUCCUGGUGGGCACGCUGGUCAUCCCCUUCUCCCUCGCCAACGAGGUGAUGGGCUACUGGUACUUUGGCAGCACGUGGUGCGCCUUUUACCUGUCGCUGGACGUGCUGUUCUGCACCUCGUCCAUCGUGCACCUGUGCGCCAUCAGCCUGGACCGCUACUGGUCGGUUACCAAGGCGAUGAGCUACAACCUGAAGCGCACGCCCAAACGAAUCAAGACGAUGAUCGCCAUAGUGUGGGUCAUCUCCGCUGUCAUCUCCUUCCCGCCUCUCCUCAUGACCAAACACGCCGAGCGCGAGUGCCUGCUGAACGACGAGACGUGGUACAUCCUCUCCUCGUGCCUGGUGUCCUUCUUCGCCCCGGGUCUGAUCAUGAUCCUGGUCUACUGUAAGAUCUACAAGGUGGCCAAGCAGCGCUCCUCCACGGUGUUCGUGGCAAAGAACGGCCUGGAGCGGCAGCCCUCGCAGUCCGAGACCUGCUUCGUCAACAGGAAGGACCGCUUCGAGACGGAGAGUCCGAGCAGCCAGAGCUCCGGGAGCCACCAGCCGAGGCAAGAGGAGCUGGACGACAUCGACCUGGAGGAGAGCUGCUGCGCCGCUUCGUCGGACAACAACAAGCCGCGUAAUCACCGCUUCAGUAAGCGGCGGAAGGUGGAGGGCGCAGAGUGCUGUCCGCGCCAGAGCUGCCGCCUGUCCUGGGCCUCGGCGCGUGCCUCGCAGCUCUUCCUGGAGCAGAAAAGCGCACCGGCGGCGGUGGCCGCGCGCCAACAUCUGGCGGUGGCCAACAAGACCAAAGUGGCUCAGAUGCGGGAGAAGCGCUUCACGUUCGUUCUGGCGGUGGUCAUGGGGGUGUUCGUGCUCUGCUGGUUCCCGUUUUUCUUCACGUACAGCCUCCACGCAGUCUGUAGAGAUAGCUGCUACGUGCCGGACGCACUGUUCAACGUGUUCUUUUGGAUAGGCUACUGCAACAGCUCCGUCAACCCCAUCAUAUACACAAUUUUCAAUAGGGAUUUUAGGAAGUCGUUCAAGAAGAUCAUCUGCAGGGCUUCCAAGCGCACUUGAGGACAGAGGUGUGUAUGCUCCGAGACUUCGACGGGGAUAUUACCCGGGGUUCAGGAUUUGAAAGAGACUGGAGUCGUUUGAUACGGAUAUGAACCCGAACCUUUCAGUGUGAUAUAAAAUCAUGGAAACCGUGUUUUGUGCUGAUGUUUAAUUGUUGUGUUAUAAUGUGAAAAGAUUGAACCACUAUUAAAAAUGAUCACAAUAUCUGUUCAAGUGA